UCGUACCGUGCUUCAGUCGGCCGGCGAACUCGCGUGCCGAGCCUUCGUCCCGGUGACGUUCCUCGUCGUCGACGGCGACAACUGCGUCCUGUACCUCGAUCAGUUAGCCGACACGAUGCAAACGACAUUCCCUCGACGAGGACGCACAUUUUUUUACGCCUGUCGGGUAUCGUAAAGUUCGCGUCAACGUCGCGUCGCUGUCCGCGAUUCAUUCGUUCGUAAAGACAGUUUCGUUUAAAAGUUUCCUUGCGAAGUAGAAACGAUCGUUCGUACGCUCGAUUUUCUCAAUCACCGGUAGACGUUCGAACAGAAAGCGCAUUUCCGAUCAUGAGGAUGCCUAACGAAAGGGUGGCCAAGAUUACGAUAGAUUAAAUAUGACUAUCGUGGACGAAGGCACGAAGGAUUUUAUACCGGAUCAUACGAAAACUUUAUCAGUGUACAGUGGAUGAAGUGACGUUCGAUGGAGUGUAUGUGUAGUGCGUAGAACUUAGCAAACGAAGAACCCUCGAAAUCGUUACCACUCGAACUCGUUGCAACGUCUGGAAAGCGCCAGGAAAGAAAAUCCAUUAACUUCUUCUGUAUUCGGUGCUCGGUGAGAUCCGUUCAAUUUUCUUCAUUAAUAACCCAGUGAGUGUCCGGUGGCCGAAGUUCCGUGAAACUUUUUCCGCCAUGUACGAUCCUACGCUCGCGAUCCAUUAAAGUCCAUUAAGCGUCUGCUCUUGGCACUGCCGGAAGUUGGAAAAAUCUCCGCGGAGGCUUGCUGGCAAUUCUCUUCGCGAGAAACAUCGACACAUUCAUAACCGAACGUAUUUGUCGUAUCCUUACGCAGAGGCGACGAUCCAUCGUUGGCAUGUGUAUACAAACCGGUGGGAAAUAUUACGUCGCAGAAUUCGGUGAGCUUUAUGAGCGGGAUGGGUCGAUAGCAGACUCGUGAUAGCUAUCGUUUAGCCGAUGGUAUUGUUCGGCAGAGAUAUCGCGUUCGACUAUGAGAGCCUAAGGAAAUCGAAAGAGGGAAUCGAAUGGCCUGUCUCAGCUACCGUGUAAUCCAACGUUAACGAGGAAAGGAAAGUAAGGGUCCUGCAGGAUCGGUGAAACGUGUCUGUCAGUGAAAGGACCGGUAGCGGGUCUUUUAUUUUUCGUCGACUUCGUCCUUGGAGAGUGAAGUGUCGUAGAAACGAGAGGGGAGGAUUACAAAAGAAGAAGGACAACGCGUGUUAAUUAAAGAGCAGCAGAGACCAGAGAGAAACGAACAGCCAGCCUGACAGAUUCUGUGUAACUCACCCCCACUAACACCUACGCUUCGUCCAACAACGAAAGCGCGUUAAUCGCGUCCGAAAUGACUUCUCCGUCGAUGUAACGAAAAGGGAUUUAGAACGAGUCGCGCGCGAAUCGUAGUCGAUCGAGCAACACGAGCGGUCGUCGCGGUCGUUCGUCGCUCGAGAUCGAACAUGCGAAUUUCUGAAAAUGCGCAGGACGAGCAGCAACGGUUUGAAGCUCGACCUGACGGAGAACACACCAGGUAGCUCGUUAUCGAGGCUGCCUAAUUUAGUCGAGCAUGCGGAGACCUGCCAGGCGUUGUCCACCGGAACCGGUGAGAAUUUAAGCAGCAAAUUGCCAAACGUGGUCGAAGGCUCGAUGGACUAUGGUAGCGAGCGUAGAUCCUCCCGGUACCUCGAGUACCAAGAUUCUAAGCCGUAUCAGGAUGGCCAGUCGGCAUCGGGGUUGCCCCCGUAUGAGCAGGGCUACCACGAUCAGUCGAGCAGGGGCUACAGAAGCUACGAACGAAAGCCAUACGACAGGGAGGAUAUUGACCGAUACGAUAACAGAAUUUAUCCAGAGGAUAACCUGAGGUACGAUCGUCGGGGGGAUCAGAGAACGUAUCAGGAGUCAGACUUGGACGCGCCGUACGAGAGAAGCGAUGCCCAGAAGCUCAGCAGGACUUAUCCUACGGAACUUCAGGAGGCAGGUGGUAGGCGAUACUCGAGAGAUUUAACAGAUUACGAGUACGCAUCUAGAUACGCGGAAGAAACGUUGAAGCUCGAGCCGAAGAAAGAUCACCAUCACCAUCAUCAUUCGGGCAAAGUGUACGAGCCGACUCCGUCGAAAGGCUAUGAAUCCGGGGUGAAGACGCACGAUUCUGCUUACGAGUUGUCUUGCGCCGCGCAGCAAGACCUUUCCGGCAGAAAAUACGAAAGUAAAUAUCACUCUGUCAGUAAGAUGUACGGGACACUGCCGCGAUACGAAACGGGUAAAUCGUACGAGCCUAGAUCGUACGAGUACGAAGAACAGGCUUACGAAACCGGUGCCAAGCCGUACGACUCGAAGUACGAGUUGACCAGCUCGAAGAGUUACGAGAGGGCCAAAUACGACGGUUCUUCGUCCUCGAGGUAUCAAGAUAAAUCGUACGAUCAAACGUUGAAGAUCGGUGAAUUGGGUUCCUCUUCGUCUGCCGCGUACGCUAGAAAGACUCAGGAUCAAGAGGAGACAAACGCGGAAAAGAUGAACGGAUACAGGAAGAACAAUUUCGAGGCGUACGGCGUUUAUUCGGAUCCCGAGGAUGAUCAUGGAUUCUUGGCCGAGAAAAAGACGCCACAGUAUCCGUACAAGGGCGUAGUAGUGAAUGUUAGCGGGGAGUCGAGCGUCAUUGACCAGAAACGUGGGAAGGAUGGCAGGCAAACGGAAGUCGUCGGAAAUCCUUGGUGCAGGCCUACCAUACUGUUACUCCUUUUGGUCCUUCUUGUUGUUAUCUUCGUGUUCGUCGCUGGAAUUCUACUGUAUCUAAACUAUAUGUCUUACAAGCCGCAGCGUCCCAUUAUCGAGGGUAAGGAUCUAAAUUUCGCCAGUAACAAUGCCGAACCCUGUGAAAAGACGUAUUGUUCUUGGGGUGCGACGUGCGUUGUGUCGGAGAACGGGAAACCUUUGUGCCAGUGUCCAACAGAUUGUCCUUCGACUUCUGAACCUGUCUGCGGCUCCGACAACAUGACCUACACCAACUAUUGCCAUCUACGGAAGACCAGCUGCCUCGAGAGAAAAACUACACGGGUGAAGAAUCAGGGCGCCUGUGAAAUCAAGGACCCGUGUGCGAAACUAAAUUGUACUCAGGGUGCGCAAUGCGUACGAAGCAGAGACGGAAGCAAAGCUUCCUGUGAAUGCUUGGAAUCCUGUCCGAAUUUAGGGGAUCACGAAGGAUCGAGCCCUGUCUGCGGCACAGAUGGGACCGACUAUCCGUCUCUUUGCGAGUUGAACAAGGCAGCGUGCGCGAAGGGUGUUAAUAUCACGGUGGCAUUUCAAGGCAAAUGCGAUCCUUGCGGUAACGUGGAGUGCGUAGAACCGGAAAUCUGUCAGCUGGACGACUCGAGGCAACCUGGCUGUCGUUGCGGUGAGCAGUGCGGCCUUGAGUUCGCACCAGUUUGCGGAAGCGAUGGUAAAACAUACUCGAAUGAAUGCAGCCUCAGGCAGGAAGCUUGCAGAUCGAGAUUAUCGCUCAGGAAGGUCUACAAUGGCGCAUGCAGCUCGGGAAUCAAUCCGUGCGACGAGGCGAAAUGCGGCCCCUACGAACAGUGCGUGAUCAACCGACAAGGGAUCGCGAGCUGCGAAUGCGGUCCGGAAUGCGAACCUGUGAUGAGAGCAGUAUGCGCGCGGGGUGGCAAAACAUAUACAUCGUUGUGCGAGCUGAAGAGACAGGCCUGUUUAACGAAGACUAACAUCGAGGUCGCUUACACGGGAACCUGUGGCUCCAGGGGGCCCUGCUCCGAGAAGAUCUGUCAGUGGGGCGCGAUUUGCGCGGAAACCGGUGGCACAGCGAUUUGCGAAUGUCCAACCUGUCCGGCGGAAUUUCAGCCAGUUUGCGGCGACGAUGGCAUCAGCUACGGAAACGAGUGUAAGCUUCGCCUGGAGGGCUGUAAACAUCGACGAGAGAUCCGCGUGCUUUACCAGGGACUCUGCAAUGGAUGCGAGAAUAAGAAAUGCGACUUUUACGCGGAGUGCGAGAGCGACAGCGCUGGUGAAGCCAAAUGCGUUUGUCCUAGCAAGUGCGAGACCGCGACGAAAGAACCCGUACAGGAGAAAAUUUGCGGCUCCAAUGGUAUAACUUACGCCAACGAAUGCUCUUUGAAGGUGGCCUCUUGCACUUCUCAAACUGACAUCGCUAUUAGUUACGUAGGCGACUGUGAGCUUUGCGCAAGAAUAGAGUGCGAUCAUGGAGCUCAUUGCAUGGCUGGCGUCUGUGUGUGUCCUGAAGAGUGUCCUGAGAGCACUGGAGAACCAGUGUGCGGCAGCGAUGCCAAGACAUACCCGUCGGAGUGUGAAUUGCAAAAGGCUGCCUGUGGAAGGGAUCCUAAAUUGCCGGUCUUGCACGUGAUAUUCUACGGCGAUUGCGGUGAACGAUUCGUUGCAGCACUCACUACGAUGUCGACGCCUGCGGUGGUUCGAUUGGCCACCACCGCGGUUGACGUGACCAGCACUCAGGUACGCGAAGCAUGCAAGAACAUUAACUGCGAUUUCGAGGCUACUUGCGAGCUGGGCCCGGACGAUUAUCCCAGGUGCAGCUGCAAAUUCGACUGCGCCUCGAUUUCCCAAGAAAAUAUGCGCCCUGUUUGCGGCAGCGAUCUAAGGACCUAUUCGUCCCUCUGUGCCAUGAAAAUGGAGGCCUGCCAGAGGCAGCAAGAGCUAAGACCUAGACCUCUCGAUCUUUGCCAAGGUAUGGAAGUGAAACCUUGUAACGGCGAUCCUCCAUUGGUGGAUGCCGAUGGGAAAGAGUACGAUUGCGGUAAUGGUCCAGAACGACGAGAUUGCCCGAGCAACAGUUAUUGCCAUCAGACCACGCGACUAGCUCGAUGCUGCAGAAAAGCUCAAGGAACCCAAGUCGUAAAGUGCUCAGACUCCUGGCACGGCUGCUGUCCGGAUGGCAAAACGGCCGCACGCGGGCCCAAUGGCGCAGGUUGUCCGAGUUUAUGCAACUGCAACAGGUUAGGCAGUGUUUCUGACACCUGCAAUCCAGAAACCGGACAAUGCGAGUGCAAACCAGGUGUAGGCGGUCUGAAAUGCGAUAGAUGUAUGCCUGGUUAUUGGGGCUUGCCUAAAAUCAGCGAGGGACAUCAAGGAUGUAUACCAUGCGGCUGCUCGCUUUUUGGUUCCGUUAGAGAAGACUGCGAACAAAUGACAGGUCGCUGCGUUUGCAAACCGGAUAUCCAGGGCCAGAAAUGUACCAUUUGCACCGACCACAACAAGAUAUUAACACCUACAGGGUGCUAUUCAGCCGAUACGAUACCACCGAUCCCGACGUCUUGCAACGAGCUGGAAUGCUAUUCCGGCGGGCAGUGUUCGGAAAUCGGUGGACCACACUGUGUUUGUCCGUCGUCCUGUCCAUCGGACAUACCGUCCGUGCCGGUUUGCGGUAGUGACGGACAGACAUACGACAACGAGUGUGAGCUCAGACUGUACGCUUGUCGCCAUCAAGCAGACGUGGUCACACAGGCCUUCGGCCACUGCAGAGACGAUCCCAUGGUGAACACGGACUUCCCCGUUAAAAGGUAUACAGCAGUGCAAUAUACCCAACCAGCAGCCGCCAUUUCUCCGUUAUCGAAAUCUACCAGGCAUCUGUUGGUGCCGGAACCGGAUCCUCGCUAUUAUUACACCCACAGGGCGCAUCAAGAAACCAUCACGAUCGACAGGGACAAUUUAAAGCACGGAGUGGCGGCAGCGUAUAGACCAACCCCGGCGACGAUUCGCGUGGUCACCGCGUUGCUCGGCGACCUCUGUACCGACGACAAGGAUUGCACCAUUCCUAACAGCGAAUGCUCCAAUGGAGGUUGCAUUUGCUCGGAAGGAUACGCGGAAACCAGCGACAGACAGGAAUGUUUUGCUAAUUACGUGCCUGUUACACCGACCGAAGAAUUUCGUGCCUGUUUGUCGUAUCCGUGUCACGCGACAUCGACGUGCAUCGAUCUGCCGAGCGCAACGUUCGUUUGCAUCUGUCGUCCAAAUUACACCGGUCUAUUAUGCGACGAGGAGAUCAACAAAAGGGAUUACGAGGUGCCGUCGUUCGACGGCAAGAGCUACGUCAGGAUGAACAGAUUGAAGGCUUACCACAAGUUCAGCGUCGAGGUUGAGUUCAAGACGUACGCUGACAACGGGAUUAUACUUUACAACCAACAGAAGAGCGACGGCACCGGGGAUUUCGUCUCGUUAGCCAUCGUCGACGGACAUGUACAGUUUCGAUACAAUUUAGGGAAUGGCCCUGUAAUUCUUUCCUCGCCUGAAAGAAUUACUAUGAAAACGUUUCAUCGAGUUGCCGCGAAAAGAUAUCACAAGGACGGCGUUUUAAUUUUCAACGAUGGGGAAGAUGUUGCUGGUCAAAGUCAAGGAAUGUUGAAGUCGCUCGAUCUCAACCAAGAUACGUUCGUCGGGAACAUGCCUACUAAUUAUUCUAAGGUUUACGAUAAUAUCGGUACCAACCAUGGGUUCCUCGGUUGCAUACGAAAAUUGAAAAUCAAUCGAAACUUCGUCGAUCUUCAUGUGGGCCGCGAUAAAGAGAUCUUGGAGACUUAUCGUGUGAAAGAAUGCGGAGAGAACGCGUGCGCCAAUCUGCCUUGCCAAAACGGCGCAACAUGUCAGCCCAUCUUCGAGGAAGAUCUCUGCAACGGUCGCGAGUGCAGAAGAAUUCAGAAACGAGGGAAAGGUAAAAACAAGAAUGGCAUGAACAUUGUCAGAUGCAAAGGAUCGCAUUGCAUCUCGAUCGAUCAACGCAGAUCGAAGAAAAACGCGAAGAAACGUUGCGCGGCACCUAAGUGCGAUUACGAUUACGACAUCGAUUACGAGACGAGCUUCGAACAUGGCAAUUACGCAGUGGAGAAAUACGAUCCGCCUGAUUAUAGAUGCAUCUGUCCACCUCAGUUCACUGGCAGAAAUUGCGAAGAGUCUUUAGAUCCUUGUAUAGGCGAACCUUGUCAGCAUGGAGCCACUUGUGAUAUUCUUCCACAAGGUGGUUACGUUUGCAAGUGUCCACCUGGCAGGACUGGAGAACACUGUGAAAUCCUCGACGCUGAGUUAACAGAGCUAUUGAUACCCGAAAUGUCCGGGGACGGUUUCUUGGAACUUCUAUGCCUGGAAGGUGUAGCGAAAGCGUUCUCCAUCGAAUUAUGGUUUCUCACGCACGCCAACGACGGUUUGCUACUUUACAAUGGCCAGUUGAACAACGGACGUGGUGAUUUCAUUAGUCUGAACUUGGUCCAGGGCAAACUGGAGUUUAGAUUCAAUCUUGGAAGUGGUAUCGCCAAUAUUACCUCUCCAGACCCUGUUACGCUCGACACGUGGCAUUGUGUUCGAAUCAGUAGAUUGGGCAGAGAAGGAGUUCUUCAAUUAGACGACGGAACUGUUGCCAGAGGACUGUCCGGAAGUCCGUUAACGGAACUGAAUCUCGAAAUGCCUCUUUAUGUUGGCGGCGUUAAACAUUGGCGAGAAGUUCAUCGACUCGCUGGAGCCUGGACUGGAUUGGUAGGCGCGGUACAAAGACUGAUGGUGAAUGGAAAAACGUAUCAAAAUUUAGCUGUAAACGUUACUCAACAUAAUACGGAAAUCUAUGAUGGUCUACCAUGUCCUAACAACGAGAACCCUUGUCACAAUGGUGGAGUAUGUUUACCUCUGUUAAACAGUUAUCUGUGCAAAUGUGCGAACGGUUACAAUGGUCUCCACUGCGAAUUUUUCAUGGGCUACGAUGUAUCCACGGAAUUAUCCGAAAGGCCAGUGCGUUUCAAGGGCGACAAUUUCUUGCAAUUUAAGCACCGAAACGGAAGAAGACGCAAGGGUCAGCAGUCGAAUAAAUUUGAGCUGAGACUGAGAACAACGCAUCCGGAUGGCUUGAUUGCCUGGGUUGGAAGAGGCAAAAUCGAACAUCUUAUUUUAUCGUUACACGGCGGCCAAGUUCUUCUUACGUACAAGAGCAAGAGCGAGCAGAUAUCAUUGAGGAGCAGGGAACGGGUGGACGAUGGUGUUUUCCAUCAUAUCAGGGCAUCGAGAAGACGAAGAACGUCGAUGAUACAAAUCGACGAUUUCACUCCGGUGAAAGUAUCCACAGAGACCACCCUGUUAACGACAAACGGCAAGCUGUUCGUCGGUGGAAAACCCGGCCAUCGAGGCAUCAAAGGCUGCGUGUCAGACUUCGUAGUGGAUAAACGACGUCUUCAGCUGAACAGGCGGAAGAUCGAGUACUGUCACGACAACGAUGUAUGAUAACGAAUCCCGGAAACGACGAUUGUCAACGUGAUAUCGCCUUUGGCCACGCUUGUCGACUUAACGACGCUUUUGUCUUCGACGAGUUAGCAUCUGCCUAAAACGGACAAAGACGAACGCGAAGGAAAUCGUUGGUGGUGUUCGUUUCUGGGGGAAACGGAGGGAACGAGACACGAGGUUUGAACGAUUCCAAUGAAAACGAAGAAACAGAAAGCGAGAUGGCGGAAAGGAACUGGGCUUGUAACCGACAAGGAGACACGUGAUUCCUGCCAAAGCUGUACGAGAGAAUACAAUGAAAAGGGACCCGCCAAUCGUGCUACAGCAAGGAUAAAUGGCGGAUCCAAUAACAAUAGCAAGCUAACUCGUAUAUUUAUUUUUCGUUGGGGAUAGUAUAGGGAAACAGAGUCCCAUUUGUCGUUCGUUUGCCACAACGAAUGAUCAGACGGUAGAGAAGAGGUGAAUAGGAGGAGCAUCUCUCGUGUUAAAUGCUGAACGUUCUCAUCUAAGGACAAUAAUAUAUUUUUAAGGUGACGAGAUUAAAUAUACAUAUGAAUAAAUAAUAUGUAUGUAUAAAAUUUAACGCGUAUACGUAUAAAUUUGGGGCUAUGGGGAGGAAAUGCUUGUAAAGCAUCGAGUUGAAGCUGAGUGGUAAGAACAGUGGGAUGGGGGGAUUUCCGGGGUCAAAAAUACAGAGACGGGCGUGAAAGGGAUAAAACUCAUCGAUAUUCGUUUAGACGUUACUCUGUAAGUUAAAUAUAUCGAAGCACCUAUAAAUGUUUUACGAUGCCAAGACUGAUUAAUGGGGGAAAGAGAGAACGUAAGAGGAAGAGUUGAGAGAGUUAAAAUAAAUGACAAAAAAAAAAAUAGUUAAAACAGAAAAAAAACAGAAAAACAAAGCGAUAAAUCGGUGUUAUGUUUGAGUGUUUCGGUAGAGAGAUUUAAAUGAUCGUGCAUUAUCAGAAUAUAGAAGAAUGUAUUUUAAAGGACUUGUUGAUUUACGCCAGUAGAGAAAAACGAUAAAAAAGAAAAGAAGAAAAAGAUGAACGAACAAGAUAAAUACACACACAUACACACACGCGCGUACACGUAACACACGUAACAUACAUAAAUAAGAAUUAUACGAACAGAUACGCCGUACAACGUUGUUUCUAGGCAAGCAAGGCUUUUUACAAAUGCGCAAAGGAAUAGAUAUAUAUAUUAUAUUACUAUGAUUAUAUUAUAUAUAUAAAUAUAUAUAUUAUACAUAUGACACUAUAUGCAGAUUACAUUCCAUUUAAUGGACACAGGUACCAUGAUGAAUGUGUAUCGUCGAUCGGUCACGAUCAUCGAUGUAUCGUUACAUUUCGACCCGGUACUAAAGAAUGCAUCGAGCUUGCCUCGAAGACACUCCAUUUCCGUUCGACAAUCUCCAACACACUUGCACGAGAUAGUUUCGCAAUCGAUUCUAAAAUGAUUACGAGCGUGAUCACAGGUUUCUUCUUCAUAUACAGGGUUCACGGAAACGCACGGUCUACCACGAUCGAUUAAAUUGUAAAUGGACUAGAAUCGAAGAAAAUAGAAGAAUCGAAGACAUGUAUGCAUUAAAUAACCGAGAACGAAGUCGAAUCGUUUCCAUCGAGUUGAGUUCCUUCGACGAAUCGAAAGGAAUUCGAAAGGAAGGUGUCUAGAAUGUGGAAACGAAGAUCGUGAAUUUAUACUCGAGAUUUACAAUUCUGAUCGAUUCUAUAAAACACGGAAUACGAUUCGGCGUCUGAAAAUGAUGCGAAAAUAAUAAUAAUAUUAUUAAUUAUAUGAUAAUGUACCGCUUGUGUGUAAUCGAAUGAUCAACGAGAAGGAGUGUCUGAAUGAAAGCUGACGUAUGGUUGAAGAAAGAAAAGUAGAUACCGUGCCGGGAUAUACUACUUGUAAAUAUGAUUAACAUGUGCUGAUCUACGAGUUGAUUAUCGUUUUACUAUCGUGUACUAAAGCUCGCGUAAGCGUGCGCACCUGCAUAAGUCGGACCUAAGAGAAAAUCGUCAGAACGACCUAAUUAUAAUCGCAAUGAUUCAUCGAAUAAGCCUUUUACGACGAAGUUUUUCUUCCUUUUUGUUUAAAUUUCUUUUCUUCCGUCGCUCGUGGAAACGAAACAAUGUCUGCGUCAACGUGUUCUUCCCCUGCUCGUCAAUCCUGUUAACGAUCGCGACAAAAUGUCGAAGACAGCCUAAAUUCUAAUCGUUAAUGGCGACUGCCGAUCUUCGGUCGCAGAAAGAGACGUUAUCGAAGAUUUUUCAACUCGCCUCGUCGAAUAUUUCCAGCGUCGCUCGAUUUAUCGAACGAACAGAAGUUUCAUUUUUUAAUACGAAAACGAAUCGAACUAAUUAGUACGGUUGCCAGUUCGCGAUACUGGAUGCCAUUAAUGAAAAAAUGUCGUAACUUUUAAGGUUGUUUUUUGUGCGCACCGUUUAAAUACGUAAUUUCUAGAACCUAAGCGCCAAACACAAUACAUAUCUUUGACGUGCAUAAGAUCAUAUACAUAUAUUUGUAAAAUCCAUCACGUGGAAUCGAUAUUCUUAUCGACAUGUAAAUAAUGACCAUACAUCGUCUGGAAAUGUUCGACGUUAACUAUGUUGUAAGUAAAGUGAUUCUAUGAAGGAAACGAGCGUCGAUCGACCAAACUAUUGCGUAAUUAUUCAAAAGAAGCGCGUGAAUAUUUUCCUCACCGCUACUACGACGAAUCUUCUAAUGGUUUUUAAACGUAUCUUUUCUAUUAUGUUCUUUCGUUCGAAAGAUGCACACUUAUACAAUUUUUAUAAUGUAACGUCUCAAAGCAAUCAUAUCUAUUUCAUAUCUGUCGAUCUAUAACGGUCGGUGUGCAAAGAAAAUUCUGAAAGGAAAGAGUUCGUUCUCGAAUAAUUAAGCCUUGACUAUAUAAAAAUUGUUCCUCGUUAGAGAAUUCGGAUUGAUCGCGAGCAAUAUUGUCACAUAUCCUCCCUCUUGAAAUGUGAUCCUUUGUAUUCUUCCAAUGAAUAUCGCUGUUCAACAUAUCGAAACGAAUUUGUGGCCAGUAAUGCGUCUCCUGGAAGAACAAGAGAAAAGAAGAAUGUUUUAUUGUAACGAAAAUAGAAAGAAGAUCUGCUUCGAUCGUCGACGUUGCUUUCGCGAAUAUACUGCGUUUUAUAUAUAUACAUAUAUAUCUAUAUAAAAAAAAAGAGGAAGUUAGAUUCGAAACGUAUUAUAAUUAUAUUUCUAUCGAAUGUAUUUGAAUUUGUAAUGGUUAAGAAAGAAAUUCGUAGGUUUCGGUUAUAUAUGUAAGUUAAUUAUUAAAUUUCGACUGUAAUAAUUUUUUGCUACAUCGAAAGGGUUGCUACUUCGUGAAAACAUACAUUGAAGAACAACAAUGGAAGAGAUAGGGAAAUAUUCUAAAAUUUUUAUGUUAUUAUUGCGUGAACUGUGUUCUCAUUGUCGAUCGCAAGUGUUGAACCGCCAUAUCUCAUUUUUUUUGCGGUACAUUGUCAUUAGAUCGUCAAUGUGUCCGACAUUUACGUGCGUGUUAUCGUAAAAACUACGGUGUAUAAUGCGUAAUCGACGGAACGGUACAAAAUAAAACAACAAAGAUGUUAUCUGACUUACUUUACGAAAUCGUUCGACGAAAAAGAAGUUUCACGAUGCUGGUAUGAUUCAAAGAACGGGAGCGUAUACAAGGAGCGAGGAAAAAUUUCAAUCCAUGCCUGAGAAUUACUGCCAACCUAGAUAGAGAUCACAGGAUCGAUGUUUUUGCCUCUAAAGCUUCCCCGUCCCUAAGAAAUUUAUCGACUCGUGAGUCACAAAAUUUUAUAAAACGAGAGAAAUCGAUUGUCCCUAUGAAACACAUAAGAGAGACACAAAAUGAUUUGUCGAGAUUUCCGAUUGUGCGUGCAACAUCGUUCAGUGUCGUUUAUUUCUCACGGAGACUAACACCUAUCGCGGCAGGGCGAUCGUCUGAAUUAGUUUUUUUACUUUGAUACCGUCUUUACUGCGACCAUUCGCCGUUUGCUGACCUAAGUAUUUGUGAGCUACACUGUAUAACAAAAAGUACGCGUUGUAAAGUGACUGUAUAUACAAAAAUAAAUUAUGCGAUUAUCUUGA